GCGGGUUGGAGUUAGCGGCAGGGACCCCCGUUUCAGUCGGUAACCCCGGCGGCGCCGAGCCUCAGUGGCAGCGGCGAUCGCACGGGUGAGCAGCCCAGGGCCCUGCGGCGCGGUGGAGGGCGCUGUCCGCGUCCCCGCGCCGCGGCUCUGCGAAGGACGGAGCGCCCCGAGCCGAGGCGCCGGGGGCCUGUGAGGUGCGCGGCCCUUGGGGUUAGGGUCUGAGGCUUGGGCUCUGCCUGGGCCUCGCGGACCCUGACCCGGUGAGGCUGCCCCGGGAGCAUGAGCGGGCAGCGCGUGGACGUCAAGGUGGUUAUGCUGGGCAAGGAAUACGUGGGCAAGACGAGCCUGGUGGAGCGAUACGUGCACGACCGCUUCUUGGUGGGCCCCUAUCAGAACACCAUCGGGGCUGCCUUCGUGGCCAAGGUGAUGUGCGUUGGAGACCGGACGGUGACUCUGGGUAUUUGGGACACUGCAGGAUCUGAGCGCUACGAAGCCAUGAGCAGAAUAUAUUACCGGGGUGCGAAAGCUGCCAUUGUCUGUUAUGACCUCACUGACAGCAGCAGCUUUGAGAGAGCCAAGUUCUGGGUGAAGGAGCUGCGCAGUUUAGAGGAGGGCUGUCAGAUCUACCUGUGUGGCACUAAAAGUGACCUGCUGGAGGAAGACAGGCGGCGCCGUCGUGUAGACUUCCAUGAUGUCCAGGACUAUGCAGAUAAUAUCAAAGCCCAGCUCUUUGAAACCUCCAGCAAGACAGGCCAGAGUGUGGACGAGCUCUUCCAGAAAGUGGCAGAGGAUUACGUCAGUGUGGCUGCUUUCCAGGUGAUGACAGACUGAAGCAAAUGGCAUCAGACACUGAAAACUGACAGAAAACAAGGAGUGCUCUGAAUGGACUUUGGCACCAACCUGCUGGUCGUUUGGUCAGAUUGAGACAGUCGGCAUGGUAAACUUUCGGGCAGCCCGGCUUCUUGCAGGAGACCAGCUGACCAGCAUCCCCACAGCUGAAACACUCAUCCUCUCUUUCCUUUGUGACUUCACCCUGGCUCCUGCGUUUCCCAUGCUGCUUCUUUUUGAAUUUCCUUGAUUUUUCUUCUGUGACAAUGGGCUGAUUCUGGAAGUCAGAUAUUGAUCAGUCAAUACCAUGUCAAUGACUCAGGUAUGUAAUCUUAACUACAUUAACAUCUUUUCAACCUCACUCAAGAGACUGCUGCAAACAUAAAAGUGAAAAUGCGGGAAGGCACCAUGACAGCUGAGAUGCCCGAUAUUACCUGCAAUCUCAAAAACAAAACAGAACAGUACAGGGGCAGAGGAGAUGGCUCAGCAGUUAAGAGCACCUGCUGCUCUUCAAAAGGGCUCUAACUCUAACUCCACCUCUCCUGGCCUCUGUGGGCACCAUGCAUAAAAGCCUUGUACAGACAGACAUACAUGCAAACAAAACACAUAUACAUAUAAAAUGGAAUAAAAAUUAAAAUGUA